AGCGCGGGUUUAGUGCUCUCAGCGAGGAGCAGCGCCGGUCAGCGAGUGACCAUGGCCGUGUUUGAAAUCAGCAACCAGCUCACAGAGAACACGGUGGAGAAAAUGAGCGAGAACCUGCCGUCCAUGGUUCUAGCAGCGACCGCGUUCACGCUCGUGGUGGCGUAUCUGUCUAAGAUCCUGUUCAGGCAGCAGCAGAGGGAGGACGGCCCCGGGGACGCGAAGUACCCUCCCUAUAUCCCAUCCAGCGUCCCCUUCCUGGGUCAGGCCAUUGCAUUUGGGAAGAGCCCCAUUGAGUUUCUGGAGAAUGCGUAUGAGAAGUACGGUCCGGUGGUUAGCUUCACAAUGGUGGGGAAGACCUUCACCUACCUGCUGGGAGGCGACGCUGCAGCACUGCUCUUCAACAGUAAGAACGAGGAGCUUAACGCUGAGGACGUUUACUCCCGACUCACGACCCCGGUGUUCGGGAAGGGGGUUGCCUACGACGUCCCCAACCCGGUGUUUCUGGAGCAGAAGAAGAUGCUGAAGACAGGCCUGAACAUCGCCCACUUUAAACAGCACAUGGAGAUCAUCGAGGAGGAGACGAGGGAAUAUUUCAAGCGCUGGGGGGACAGAGGAGAGAAGAAUCUGUUUGAGGCUCUCUCUGAGCUCAUUAUUCUAACGGCGAGCAGGUGUUUACACGGCCGAGAGAUUCGCAGCAUACUGGACGAAAAGGUGGCGCAGCUCUAUGCAGACCUGGACGGAGGUUUUACCCACGCUGCCUGGCUCCUGCCAGGCUGGCUGCCCCUGCCCAGCUUCAGGCGGAGAGAUCGAGCUCACCGAGAGAUUAAGAAGAUCUUCUACAAAGUGAUCGAGAAGCGCAGACAGACUGAGGAGAAGGAGGACGACAUUCUGCAGACGCUCAUCGACGCCACGUACAAAGACGGACGUCCCCUGAAUGAUGAUGAAAUUGCGGGGAUGCUGAUUGGUCUGCUGCUGGCAGGUCAGCACACAUCCUCCACCACCAGUGCCUGGCUUGGCUUCUUCCUGGCACGAGAUCGCUCCCUGCAGGACCGCUGCUACAAAGAGCAAAAACAAGUCUGUGGAGAAAACCUGCCUCCUCUCAACUACGACAAGCUGAAGGACCUGAACCUGCUGGAUCGAUGCCUGAAGGAGACCCUGCGGCUCCGGCCGCCCAUCAUGACCAUGAUGAGGAUGGCGAGAAGUCCUCAGAAGGUGGGGGGCUACACCAUCCCAGUGGGACACCAGGUGUGCGUGUCCCCGACAGUGAACCACCGUCUACAGGACACCUGGACCCAGCGUCUGGAAUUUAACCCUGACCGCUACCUGGGAGAAAGCCCCGCUGGUGGAGAGAAGUUCUCAUACAUUCCCUUUGGAGCAGGUCGCCACCGCUGCAUUGGGGAGAACUUCGCCUACGUGCAGAUAAAGACCAUUUGGUCUACGAUGCUGCGUCUGUACGAGUAUGACCUGGUGGACGGAUACUUCCCCACCAUUAACUACACCACCAUGAUCCACACGCCCAACAACCCGGUCAUCAGAUACAGACGGAGAGACCAACACUGACCGCAGAGUGGACUCACCACACCUGGACUCACUUUAGCACCUUUACACAGCUCGGACUGAGAGAGGAAAAGCGCAGGAAUGUUUUCAUCAGUUCUUUAUCCGCUCAUCCGCAGGGCUCAUCUCUGUUAGCCCGGACCGAGUAUACAGACAGCGGCGUGCGAAAGUUUGGGCACUCCUGGUCAAAGUCUGCGUUGUUCAUUUUUUGAGUGUGAAUAAAUGAACACACCCUCUACAGAGAA